CACAAUCUCACCCCUUUUGGAUCUGUUCUCCCGUUUAGGCUUGGCUAGUUUUCGAGAUGGUGAAGCCUGUGAAACAGAGGAGCAAGGGUCUGUUCAGUUUCCGAGUAAACCCGCCGAUAAACCUCGGCGUUAAAAAAGUUUCAGGUCGGACGGUAUCCUUUAUUCCCAGGGAAGCUAGAAGGCUAUCCAAGGAUGAUAGUUUGGAGGGGUACGAGCCCGUGUCACCCCAAGUUUCAUGCAUAGGCCAAAUCGUGAUAAAGAGAAAAUCGAGCGUAAGGAAACCUAAGCAAGCUUCUUCACUUCUGGCCCAAGUAUUUGCGGAACAUUUCAAAAGGAGGGUAUUCGUCGGGAGAAAGCGCGGUUACGAAUCCGAUGUUCUCGAUGCGUCGAAGGCUGCUCCUGCUCCUUCCCUUCAGCAGAUGAGGCAAUUUGGUAAGGGACGUAGUACGUUAUCGGAGUUCGAUUGGAGGGAAUACGAUGCAGAGGAGAAGGGAGUGAAAAGAAAGAAAAGGUAAAUCAUCAAUGCAGCUGUUGUAGUUGUAGUUGAAGAGACGAGAGAAGAGACAACUCCGUCAACAGCUCAUCUAGUUUGAGAUAAAGAUUGCAAUUUAACCCGAAUUCGAUAUUUUCUUGCCCAUGUACAUACUUAAAAGAACCAUUAUUCUAAUUAACAUAUACUCCGAUAUAUAGUUAAAGAAGAAGACGUUGGCCUUUGUGCGUCACCUCCCAAUCCCAAGAGGAGGAGCAAGUGGUGGAAGGACGGGACCUUAUCUCCCAUAAAUCAUCAUAAUUAAUGUUU